AUGUCCAGCAACUCACUAUCACCCUUGCGUGUUGUGUAUUGGACACGUUGGUUCAAUGGGCUCAUGUUUGACGGCCAAGAUCUCGGCUUAAAUGAACGAGAGUGUCCUAUACCAAAAGGCUAUAAUAUAACCGGCGAACCAUGGUGCACGAUCACGCCGUCCCUGGAGGAUGUUGGCGAUGCUGCUGGUGUAGUAUUCCAUGCUGCCGAUUAUUAUCCAUCCACGGUACCUGAUCGCAUCGAGAAUCAGCCAUGGAUCCUUCAAACACAAGAAUCGCCACUCACAGCACCCUUUCGAGCUGAUGAACAUCGUAUGGAGCCAUUCACCUAUCUCGCCUCUUAUCACCUCAAAAGCUCGUUCUUGUUUUCGUAUUACUCGCCAGCUAUUAUGGACAUUGCCAAUCGCCCACUUCCUAGCAACUUUAUGGAUACCAAGACGACAAAGGCACCCAUUGUGUGGAUCGCACGCAAUUGUCAGGCUUCAAGUGGACGACAGCACUAUGUUGGUGAAUUGAUGAAAUACAUUAAGGUGGAUAGUUACAGCACUUGUUUGAACAACCAAGACUUUCCAGACGACAAGACACGCAUGGAAUUGAUAAGCGAGUACAAGUUUUAUUUGGCUAUUGAGAAUGCCAACUGUGAUGAUUAUGUGACGGAGAAACUUUUUGACACCUUUCUUGCUUCAACGGUGCCUAUUGUCGAUGGCCCCAAAUCGUAUGAUGGCUUUAUACCCAAUGAGCGAUCCAUUAUUCGCAUGGAUGCCUAUCCUGACCCACGUGAUCUCGCUGCCUACAUUGAUUACCUUGACAAGAACGAUACAGCCUAUUUGGAGCAUUUAUCAUUCCGCACGCAAGUGCUUGACGUUGCACCGAGGGAUCGAUUGGAUCCUUCUUUCAUUAGUAAUUGGAGUGACCCGGCACUGCAUAAUCAACGUAAUAGCUGGUGUUCGAUUUGUCGAGGCAUGGUCCCUUGGUGGAAUGCACGAAGCAACAAUGGUCCGCCUCCUUCACUGGAUGAUCAUCGUCUUGUCGUUGAUGAUACUUGUUCACCCAAGGGCAAAUGGGAUUAUGUACUCAAUGGUCCACCCUACAUCCCCGAAUGGGAGCCAUCCAAACCUUAUACCGUACCAUCAGCCAAUGACACUACCACCAUCAUCAGACCUGAAGAAGAUGAUUAUGAUCUAUUUGGCACCGUGGAUGAUAUCACCACCGCACGACUCAUUUGGAUGAUUGAAAUUCUAGCGGGCGCAUUAUUUAUCAGCAUUGUCUUUGGUGUCACCUUCAAGAGACGACGACAACAACAGCUCCUCAGGAAAAGCAAACAAGCCGAAAUGGAUCAUGAGAUGUGUAUAUAA